AUGAACAUUUUACUCUUGUUAAUACCGACAUGUCUUAUUUUGUCCUCCAAUAAUGCAGCACUUCCUAAGCACUGUGUUAGAAAGACACCUGUCCAUUUUGAUUUUUGUGCACAACUUCCAGACAAGAUUGAGGUGCGACCCUCGGCUGAGUUUAUAGGUUGUCUCUAUUACACCAUAAAAGAAGAACAUGAAAGAGGGUAUAGAAUAGGAAAUAUCAGUGAUCGCGGCAUUAUCAUUUCCGAGGACAGUUGCUAUACCAUACGCAAACACGUGUUCCUCGUGAUUACAGAAUCUGGAAGAUACAUUGAAGUAGACAGGUCACGCAAAGAUCGCAAUGGGAAGGUUGUAAAGACCAUUGAGGAAUUUUACAAGGGAAAUGGCGACUUUACCUACUACGAGGUGGAUCGGGACCCCGUAAAGUUUAAUUUGCUUAGACCGCGAUUCACCCAAUUGCUAGACGAAUUUGUCAUUUGCACUGGAGUUGUAAAGUAUUAUAUAAAAGAGAGCCUUGUAAAUGGGCUCAUUAUUGGCAUUGUAAAAUACGGCGACUUUAUCCUGGAUGCCAAUGUGGAAGGCGUGAUUUACAAGUAUGUCAUCGUUGAUAGGAAUAUAAACAACAUAACGGUGACCUCAUACAUGCAGAAUGCAACUAGAAUUGACAAAAUUUUUGGAUACGUGGGAGGAAUGGAACCAUUUGUACUGUUACAUGAAUUUGUAUUUGAUAUCUUCUUGUCCAGAUGA